AUGUCAAUGGGCAACCACUCAAAUCGAGAUGCGAAACGAUUUCGUCCUCUUUUGUUCGGACCAUCCCCACGGGUGGAUCUGGCCAAGGUGUCAUUGAGGUUCCCCAUCUCUGUAACCUUACAUUAUUGCCAAGAAAGCCUGUUGCUGAAGAUGACCGUACAACAGGCUAUCGGCAUUGUCGUCCCAAUCAAGACACAUGUCACAAUAUGCGCGGGAAACGCUGGGCUUUUGUCGCUAAAACAGCACGUUAGCCAAGGUGAAAAAUUGCGAUGUUGCAUGAUGAUUAAGAAGCUACUGUACUUGAAGGAUCCAUGCUGGUCAAAGUCAACCACGAAUUGGACCACGUGCGGUCUUCAUUCUUUGAAAUACUUCAGCAGCAACACCCAAAGUUCGGGUUCUAGUGCCAAGCUCAUCGUCAGCACCGCGUUCCGUGACAUCCAAGCCUCGGGCCACAAUUCCGAGGAGAUCAAGCAUUGCUUGGCUCUUUGA